AUGCCGGCUUCCAGAAGUUGUAGUUAUUCCUCCGGUUCUGACGAAGAUCCCAAAGCUCCUAUAGCUAAGUCGAGAUCCAAGGUAAUUCGCGAUGAGGGAACAAAUCCCAGCGUACCCUUGAAUGAUCGGAGAGUUACUUUUUCCGAACUCAGGAAAAGAAAAGCCGAAGACGAUGAGAAAGAUGCUCGUCGGCGCAAAAAGGAUCGAAUCCGGCACAAAAUACAGAGAGCUGAGGAAAAAAGCCAAUUCUUGGACGGGGUACCCUCUGAUUCUGAUGCUGAUGUCCUGGAGAAGAAACCACUUGGGAUUUACACUGAAGCUGAAGCGGAAGAAGAUUCAGAUUCAGAUGAUGAUUUUUAUGCUCAUCCGGACGUCACCAAUAGUCAUGAAAGUGAUUCCAAAGAAUAUGAUUCCGAGAAGGAUAGUGAUGAAGACUCUGAGAAGGACAAUGAUGAUGAAUCUGACAACUCAGAUGGAUCUGACGAGAAGCUUUACUUUCAAUCUCUUUUUGUUUUUAGUAUUUGA